GCAUCACACAGGCCUCGUUCGUUGAGAUAGUUGCGUGUGGUGUGGGAUGUUCGAGCUGGGAGCGCAGGCAUGACACCGGAUGAGAUAGCAGGAUCUCAUGCUAGCAUAUAUGAAGCCUGGUACAACCAGAUUGAUAAAAAUCACACAAAUGUUAUUGGUGCCUUGGAUGCAGCCAAGUUUCUGAAGAAGUCAGGACUUCAAGAUAAUGUGCUGGGACAGAUUUGGGACAUAGCAGAUUCAAGAUGUAUGGGCCAGUUGGAUAAAACUGGGUUCUUUGUGGCCUUAAAGAUGAUAGCGCUGGCCCAGAAUGCCAAACACGUGGAUUUGUCUAAUGUUCGCAGCAAUGUCCCUCCUCCAAAUAUGGGUGAGCCACCACCUGCCGGCUCGUUUUCGCCGGCCAUCAGCAACGGGAGCACUGUUUGGACCGUGAAGCCGGAGGAUAAGCAGCGCUACGACCAGAUCUUCAACUCCCUCGGACCAAUCAACGAACGACUACCUGGCAAUAAGGUGCGGGAGGUGCUGCUGAAUUCGAAGCUGCCGAUGGACACUCUGGGACGGAUAUGGGACCUGUCAGACAUUGACAAGGACGGCUUCCUCGACCGAGACGAGUUCACAAUCGCGAUGCACCUGGUGUACAAGGCUCUGGCCAAGUGUGCUGUGCCGGCCGCGCUGCCCGCCGAGCUGCUGCCGGCCGCCAAGCGGGGCUCCUCGCUGGGCACUAUGCCGGACCUGUUGCCCACCUCGGACGGACUCAUCAAGCCGCUGGCGCGGCCGGUGGCGCAGCAGCAGUGGGUGGUCUCGGCCAGCGACAAGGCGCGCUCGGACGUCAUGUUCCGCGCUGCCGACCUCGACCAGGACGGCUUCGUCUCCGGCGCCGAGAUCCGCGACAUCUUCCUCAAGUCGGGCGUGCCCCAGCUCUGCCUGGCGCACAUCUGGAACCUCUGCGACAUGAAGCAGACGGGCAAGCUGAACCGGGAGCAGUUCGCGCUGGCGCUGCACCUGAUCCAGCAGAAGCUGCAGGGCGUGGAGCCGCCAGCGGCGCUCACUCCGGCCAUGGUGCCGCCCACGCUGCGACCCAAGCCCGGCCAGGAGCCGCCGGCGCCGCCGCCGCCGCUGGAGACCGGACCAACGUACGAUAAUCCGGAGCUGGAGGCGAUGCAUAAGGAGAUCCAGGGCUUGAUGUCGGAGCAGGGCCAGCUGGAGGUGGACAUAUCGCAGAAGGAAGACCAGAUCAAGAGCAAAAACUCGGAGGCUUCCACACUGCAGAGGGAGCUGGAGACGCUGGCGGCCACACUGAAGCAGCUGGAGGGCCAGAAGGGCGCCGCCGCCGGCAAGCUGGACGACCUCGCCAGCCAGACCAAGGGUCUGGAACGCGACCUGCUGGCCGCCAAAGACGAGGUGGCGCGCGAGCAGCAGAAGGUGGACCGACUGCAGGCGCAGGUGAAGGAGCAGGAGGAGUCGCUGGUGGCGCAGGAGCAGGAGCUGGGCGACAAGCGGCGCGAGCUGAGCGAGCUGCGCGACGAGGAGCUGUCGCUGGAGCGGCAGGUGCAGGAGAACAGCAGCCGCCAGGAGCGCAUCGCCCGCACGCUCGAGGACGCGGCCCUCCAGAUCAGCCAGGCCAAGUCGAAGGUGACGCAGCUUGAGGAAAGCCAGCGCCAGAUGUCGGAGGCGCUGGGCCAACUGGACGCGGCGCUGGAGGGCGGCGACGCCGCGGCCGUGCCCGACUCGGCGCUGCAACCGGCCGACACGUCGUUCGCCGACCCGCAGUUCACUGAGAUCCGCAGCAUGCUCAGCCCGGAGCCGGAGCCGGCGCCCGCGCCGGAGCCGGAGCCGGAGCCGGAGCAGCGCUCCCAGCCGCCGCCGCGCCCGGCCGCGCCCACCUUCCAUGCCAACGGCUUCAACGACCCGUUUCGGCCGUCGUCGGGCGGGGGCGGCCGCUCGGCCUGGGGCGCCGACCCGUUCGGCGCGUGGGACGCGGCGCCGGCGGCGCUGCCCCCGAAGACGGCCGCCAAGGUGCCUCCGCCGCGCCCGGCGCCGCCCAAGAGUGUGCCGGCCCGGCCGCCGCCGCCCACGUUCGCGGCCAAACCGGAACCGGCCGUGGCCGCCGGAGGGUUCGCCGACUUCGCCAACUUCGACCAGUUCACCAGCGGCUCCGGCGACGCCUGGUCGGCGCCAACGUCGCCCGCGCCGCCGCCGCCGACCUUCGCCAUCUCUGACCCGUUCUCCGCGCACGACCCGUUCGCCGGCGCCGACCCGUUCGGCGCCGCCGACCCGGGCGACCCGUUCGCGGCGUCCGGCGGCCGGGACUCCGGCUGUCUGACGCAGUCGUCGACGAUGGAGUUCGAGCGGCCGGCAGCCGGCCGUCGUGACCCGUUCGAGCCGGUGUCGGGUAUCCUUAUCAGCGGCUAG